UACACGCAUUACACAUCAUUGAGUCUUUAUUGGACCAUCAACCAACCCACCAAUCUCGCCAGGGCUAGCAACUGCAACCUUGCAGCUUCACUAUAAUAACUUACCUUCCUUACACGGCUAACGAUGUCUGUUUUUGCACGUUCAACCUUUUCGGCCGCAGGCUAUGCGGCCUUCCGCCCAUCCUACCCUGCAUCACUCUUCAGGACGGUGCUGGCGUAUCAUAACAGUCAGUCAACCAGCGGCACGGCGCUGGACCUGGGCUGCGGUCAUGGUCUCAUCUCGCGAGAGCUCAGUCCAAGCUUCGCUCGCGUCAUCGCUAUUGAUCCCAGUGCGGGCAUGGUGAAGCAAGCAGCAGACUCAACCUCGGACUCAAAAAUCACCUUUCGCCAGGCCAGCUCCGAGGAUCUGUCAUUCGUGGCUGACGCCUCGGUAGACCUCGUGGUGGCUGGCCAGGCGGCGCACUGGUUCAACUACGAUAAAGUGUGGCCAGAGCUGGCGCGAGUGGUCAAGAGCGGCGGUACGCUGGCAUUUUGGGGGUACAAGGACAAUAUUCUCGUCGGUUUCCCGGCGGUUAACGAUAUCUUUAUGCACUUUUGCUACGGCGAGGGGGAGUCGUCGCCCGGUAGCGGGGUGGAGACGAUGGGGCCGUACUGGGAGAAGCCCGGGCGGCAGAUCCUGCGGGAUAACCUGGCGGCAGUUGUGCCCCCCGAGUCGGAGUGGGAGAAGGUGAAGCGCAUCGUGUACGACCCGGACAGGAAGACUUCGCAGGCCGAUGCCAACACGGAGGUGAUGGAGCCUGAAGACCCGCGGGCAGCGUGGCAGCAGCGUAAGACGAUGAAGCUGGGCGAGUUUGAAGGUUACGUGCACACUUUCAGCGCGUACCGCGGGUGGAAAGACGCGCACCCGGAGCUGAAGAGCCGGGCGGAGGGCGGGGCGGAAGGAGAUAUUGCGGAUCUGUUGUUCGAUCGGUUGCUGGAGGCGGUGCCGGAGUGGAAAGCUGCGGGGGAUAAGUGGCGGGAGAUCGAAGUUGAGGCCGUAUGGGGGACGACUAUCAUCCUGGCCAAGAGAAAGUGACGGCUUCUGGACUCUACCUGCAGAGAGAGGAUGUGACGGGGUCAAGUGCGAGAGAGAGAGAUCAUGGAGAAAUGCUCCGUUUGUGCCGAAGCUGAAGUGGGUUUACUCGCAGGUCGAGCCUGAUAUGGCAGUCUGAAGAGUCGGGACGAACCGCAGCGUACAAGUUUGGGUCGAUUGAGAGUUUAGACGGUCUGGGUAGUCGUGAUUCGGCACAACUCGAAUUAGUGCAAAGACAUAUCCGUAUCCGUAGAUUGACGUAAGGUGGUGUAGGUUGUGUCGGCUCACCGCAAUGAAAGAUGUCGAUAGCGUUUGUGCAAGUCUCCAGCCAUGGCAG